UAUAAAAGAAAAACAAAGGCUUUGUUUCUUUCUCUAUACCCUGUGGUAUCAAACAAUAGAAGAACAUCAUAUUGAGAAUCAAUUCGAUCGCUCGUUCCCUGGGGUUGUCAACAAAUUUGAUUCUUCGAAAAUCCAUUUUGGGGUAUUUAAAAAUUUAAUUUUCAAGUGUUUUUAUGGUCCAAUUUUUGAUAAACAACUAGGAAUAUACCUAGAUGAUCAAGAAGUUCAAUGGUAGUUAUUGAUUUUGAAGGUUGGAUAGAUAACUGUGCAAUUCAUUUCUGGGUUUUUCUGGGUUUUGUGAGUAGUUUGAUGGGUCGAAGUUGGAUUUUUGAAUUGUGAGUGAUAUGUUGGAUUUUAGGAUAGGUGGUAAAAGGGGGGCUAGGGUUAGGGUUUUGUGUUGAAAGGUUUGAAAUUUGGGGUUAGGGUCUAUUUAUGAGUUGGGGAAAUAGUAGGGUUCAGAUGAUGGAAGAACAUGACCUUGAAGAAGGGGAAGCAUGUUAUUACAACAAGGAUGAUGAUGAUACAAGCUUUGACCCUGAUAUAGCACUCUCUUACAUUGAUGAGAAACUUCAAAGUGUCCUGGGUCAUUUUCAGAAAGAUUUUGAAGGAGGUGUUUCUGCCGAGAAUUUGGGGGCAAAAUUUGGUGGUUAUGGUUCGUUUUUACCGACUUAUCAACGCUCCCCUUCAAUUCUACCUCAGCCAAGAACUCCACAGAUAUCUCAAAAUCAAGGCACAUCUAGGUCACCCAGCCAUUUCGCCUCCGAGGGAGCUCCCCAGAACCCAACGUCUGUGUCUGGUCUUCCUUCGACUAGGAAGAAUGGUACAGCUGCUUCCCGUGGUGGUCAUACCUUGCAUGAUUCAAGGGUUCCUUUUGGGGGUGAUACCACAAGACAAGAUUCAUCUGCUCAAGAAUCUAAUAAGUUCCCUGCAAAACAUGAAGUUUCUAUGAUUAAGUCACUUAAUCCAACCGAUCAGAGAACACUCAAACUUCGGAUUAGAGUUGGUUCUGAUAAGACAGCUCAGAAGAGUACUGCUUUGCACACUAGUCUUGGACUUAUCUCUCCCUCUUCAUCGAUGGAAAAUAGUCCUACUGAGAGUGGUGAGAUGUUGGCCAAGGUUGAAGAAAGUCAUAGUGAUUCUCCAGCCAACAUCCUUCAGACUAUGACUUCUUUCCCAGUUGCUGGAAAUGUGCUGCUUUCACCUCUCAAUGAGAAGUUUUUGACUUUGUCAAGAAAUGAAAAACCUUUCGCAGAGAAUGAGCAUGUGGCUGUUGCAAAGGAUACUAACCCUCAAUCUGUCAUGUCUGCCAAUAGUUCAACUUCCAGGCUGGAAGAUGGAGAUGUCUUGAUCAGAAAGAAAAGUAAAUCAGUUGGUUUAAGUGAACAUGUUGAGGAACUGAAUUCAGAGGUCAGAAAUGACACGAUGUCCUUGUUAAAGAAAAACUCGGGAAUUGAGAGCUUGAAAAACAGGCAUUGCUUUUCAAAUGACCUUAAUCAGAGAGUUGUACAUGAUUUAGUAUGUGAUACUCAUGAAUCAGUGAAAGGUGCUGGUGGUGCACCUGAAGCUAUAAAAGCCUCAGAGAAGGAAGUUCCUCUGAAGAAAAGGGAGAUCAAUAGACUUAAAGAUCAACUGUUUGGUAGUGAUUUGGACAAGGAUGACUCGUUAGAAUCAUUAUCUGACCUAAGUGGUGACAAAUAUGAUCACCAGGAAGUAAGAAGUAGAUCGGUGGAACUCCAGUUAGAAAGCUUUCAGAAAAAUGCUUCUUUUGAUAUCAAGGAAGGUGGCAUGAGCAAAUACAGCAGAUCCGUUCCUUCAUUUAGAGCUAAUUCUAAUAUAUCUGAGAGUGAGAGGGAUUCUAGUGGGGCUGUCUCUCUGAGAAAGAAAGCUGUUAAGCAAGCUGCAACCCAUAAACUUGACCAACCAAGGAUACCUCGCACUGAGAAGCAAUCAUCUGAAGGCAAAAAGAAAUUAACAGAACAUCAACCUGGUUUGAAGCCUGCUGCAGAUGUGGUAGAGGUAAGAGGGGUUUCUACUACCCUCAAGAACAAGAAGAGUUCUAUGAAGGAUGUACGGGUGGCUCAUGUAUUUGAUGCACAGUUGAAAAAACCCACAAAUCAACUGGGUAGACCUCCAGGUGAUAAGUUGAAGAAAUCUAGACUAGAGGCACGUAAAGGACGGCAUUCAUCUUCUUCUAAAUCAAGACAGGUCCCAUGCAAAAAAGCUGAUAGUCAUGUGGCAUGUGCGACCCCUAUGAAGGAUCCUUCAGCCAUGGGCAUACAGGACGUGAAAGAGCUGACCUCUGGAGCUGAGCCACCAGUUGCUCCUGUCUUUAUUGAAGAAGAUUGGGUUGCCUGUGAUAAAUGUGAGAGGUGGCGUCUUCUUCCAUAUGGUACAAAACCUGCGCAACUGCCUGAGAGGUGGAUAUGCAGUAUGUUAUACUGGCUGCCUGGAAUGAACCGUUGUGACAUUAGUGAGGAGGAGACUACAACAGCUCUGCAUGCCUUGUACCAAAUGCCCCUGCCUGAUAACCUAAAUAGCCUUCAAAAUCAUGCUGGUAGAAGUGCGGCAGGAGUAGUUUCAGCUGAUAUGCAUGGUCUCGGUGGUAGUAGUCAGAACGCGGGUUUCGAUUACAUGGCUAAUGGAGGAAAGAAUAAACAGAAAUUUAGAGAAACACCAAACACAAGCAGCAAUCAUGGUCCAAUGUUGACCACAAACUCAAACUUGCCAUCUGAGCUGGUCAAAAACAGAAGUUUUAAGAAUGUGAACCAACCUGUUGCUGAAUCAAACUCAAUUAGCAAAUCCAAUGCACAGAUUCCAGUUAAGUCGUCUGAUGUCCUUGGCAAACAAUUGAACAAACUGACGGAGCGCAUGGCUAAUGGUGAUGAAAAGCAAAAAAAGAAAUCCAAGAGGGAGUCCGAUCAAUAUGAUCGCAGGGAUUUGAAAAAGUUAAAAAUCAAAAGUGACCAAGCUUUUGUGGCAACUAGGGAAGUUGUGACCGGUACCCAGAACUACCAUGAACAUGGCAAUUUGAAGGAUACAAAGCCUGGAUUGACAGAAAGGGUACAAAUAUUGGAAAAGAAGCAUGGCAACCGAGUCCAGGAUUCAAGGGAUAGUGACUUGAUUGACAUUAAAACUAAUAUCGGAAGAGAAAUUUCUAUAAAGAAAAGAAAAUUGAGGGAUCAAGACUAUUUAAUGGAUUCACAAAGUAAAGGUAAUCUCUUGGGUGACAGCGAUGGCAAUGCUAUUGUGGGGAAGGCUAGUGGUGAGAGUGGUUUCAGAAAACAGAAGAAACCCAAGGUGUUUCAUUCUGAAAAAAAGGAGCCCAGUACAAGCAAGGGUGAGGAGAAAUCAUCAAGAACAAAAGGUGCAGUUACCAGAAUUGUUCUACCAGGAACCAGGGAUUUUCCUAUAGAUAGAAGUGUAGAGAGAGAACAUCAGACAAAGAAGUAUCGAGUGAAGGUUCAGUCUCGGUUGACGAUGGAAGAUAUUGAUUCAUUGAAAAAGGACUUGGGAUCUGAACAGUUACCAGUGGCUGCCACUUCAAGCUCAUCAAAAGUUUCUGAUUCUCGGAAAUGUAGAGCGAAUCACCAAGUGAAAGGCUCUCCUGUAGGGUCUGUUUCCUCAUCUCCCAUGAGGAUGCUCAUCAUGAGCAACGCUUCACCUGCAAGAAUGGAGAGUUCGAAAGAUGAUGCUAAAUUGGAUGACAUUGGAAGUCCAAGAAAAUAUUUGGAUAGGGAUGGCGAUUUUGAGAGUGAUAAAUCUAGGGUCUUGAUAAAGGGGAAAAGACCAGGUGUUCCUCAUUCGGAGGUUUGUGAAAAUUUUGUGCUAGAUUUUCAGGGUAAUGAUGCCAGGGAAAAAAUUGAAUCGUCUGGUAUACAUUCUUCCGACCUUGGAAAUAGCUAUAUGUGUAAUAAUAAUGUUGAUGUUCUGGAGAAAUGUAGCCCUUACAUGCCUGAAAAGCGUGCUGCAUAUUGCUCUGAUGGCAAGGGUAGAUUGAGCAAGAAACACGUUUCUGUGCUUAACGAAUAUAAAUCUGCGAAAGAUCCUCCUUUGCAAUUUAAGGAGAAAGACUGGAAUACUGGAUUUAAUACUCAAAGGUUAGAAGAGAACAUAUCGGAUCAACUAGGCAGCAAGGAAGUCCUGAAUUCAAAGAUUGACCCUAAUAAUCUUGAUUCUAGUACUAAAUCUUUCAAAGACAAUCAGAAAGUCAGCAAGAAAGAUCCCACACAUUGUAGUGACGGCAGUAGAGAGCUUCGACUGAAGCAUGAUGGUGUUGGGUCAACCACAAAGUUGAAUAGUGUAUAUGACUUGGAAGGAAAAGUUCUUACAAAGGAAAAACUUCAUCAGGAAAGUGAUGCUCGAUUUGCAAUGAAUGGUAGAUCAAUUCAGACAGAAUCCAGGGACCUAAGGUCACAAGUUGGUGCACAUGCUGAAGAUAAAUUAGGCACAUCAGUUAUUAAGAGCAAACCUGCUUCAGGUGCCCAGAAAGGAAGUUUUAAAAAUGUAGGGAUGGUGAAUUCUUCAGUAAGUGCCAGAGUGUCAACUAUGCUAAAAGAUCCUGGCAUUGGUGUGUGUCAAAACGCAAGUCACAACAGCAUGGGCCGGUUGGAGUCUGAUCAUUGUGCAGUGCAGGAACCCAGUGCUCCUACCCCCUCAAAAAGAGAGUCCUCCAGUCAGACUGCUUCUAUUAUCUUGGCAGAAGCUGAAAAGCUUAGAGAUACUGCUGAUCGUCUUAAGAACUCUGGAUUUCAUGCCGACUACAAUCAUGGCUAUUUCCAAGCGGCAUUAUUGUUUCUUCAGGGUGCUUCACAUUUCGAAAGCUCAAAUGGGGAAAGUAGCAAAUCCAGAGAGAUGAAUCAAAUACAAAUCUAUAGUAAUGCAGCCAAACUUUGCGAAGCUUGUGCACUUGAAUACGAGAAGCAUGAUGAAACUGCCACGGCUGCUUUGGCCUAUAAGUGCAUGGAGGUUGCAUACAUGAGGGUGGUAAACUGCAAAAGUAUGAGUUCAAGUAGAAUUUGGCAUGAUCUGCAUGCAAAUUUGCAAGUUCCCCCUCAAGGUGAAUCUCCUUCAUCUUCCGCAUCUGAUGUUGAUAAUACAAACAGUCUAACAGUGGCAGAGAAGACUGUUUUAUCAAAAAACAGUGGUUCUCAUUCUGGAAAUCAUGUUAUUGCUCCUCGAAACCGUCCUAGUCUUGUUCGUCUGCUUGACUUUACAAAGGAUGUAAAUUCUGCAAUGGAGGCAUCUAGAAAAGCACAGAUUGCUUUUGCAGCUGCCACAAACGUUGGAGAGGCAGAGAAUAAGGACGCUUUCAUUUCAGUUAAACGGGUUAUUGACUUCAGUUUCCAGGAUGUAGAGGAGCUAAUACGGUUGGUGAGGCAAGCUAUCGAGGCAAUUAACCAUAAUGGUUUCGGUGGCAGUAGAGGUUAAAUCAACCAUGUAAUUUAUGUGGUUCUCCAUUCACAAGCAGGCCCUUGAAUAUGGGAAGGAAGUGAGGACCUGCGUUGCAAUUUAGUGAAGAGGCAUACUGAUAAGUGUGUUAUAUUCCUGUACAUGUGUACAAAGUGGGAUUGAUUUGCUAUUUCAUGAAAUUUUGAGAAUUCAACUUUUUGGUAUAUGAUAAGGGCACAGAUGCUCAACCUUAAAAUUUACAGGCUGGGGAUGAGGUGUAUAAAGUUUCAACUCUUCAAGGAAAAGAUUCGGAGUUCAGUUGAGAUCCAAUUUUGAAUAUUAGGUUCUUUUGGUUGGGAAUAGAGAAAAAUAGGAGUUCGGAUAUUGAGAACAUUAGUUGACAUAUCUAAGUAGACAUGAGUUUCAAUGUAGUCCCAAUGUUUCAUCCAUUACUAGAGGACUUUGAUCCUCGGGUUGCCGUAUAUAACUUCAUUUUUCCUAAUGGAACAUAAGGGGCACAAUUUUGGUGGAGGAAUUUAGUGGAAUUACUAUGUUAUCCGCCAUUAUUUCUUUUUACUCCUUUCUCUUUAAAUUUUUUUAUGUGGUGAAAAUAUAUAGAAAAAAGUCGCUGAUUCUGCCUCACAAAUUUGUUCUAUGUACUUGGCAUAUUACUAAAGAAUCUGCCAAAAAAGAGAAAAAGAAGAAAAAAGAGGGGAGGUCGUUACAGAAUUGCAUCUUUUGGUAUGUUAAAUAACGGAUUGGAAAACACGGAGUUAAUUACUUAAUUCUGCAUGCCUAUAAUCAUCUUAUCAGCUUUUGAUCUCUUUUCUAAAUGAACCAAGAAAGUUGGGUGUGUGGGUCAAUUCUUUUGACAGCUUGGUAUCCGUUGGAUCUGUUGAUCUUAAAAGAACGUGCUGCAGAAGAACUUGGAAGCAUGGCUGAAAUCUGUUUAGUACAGUAAAUGAUUUGGGAAAUAUGCUCCUCCUGGGACACAGUCAAACCUGGUUGCUCCUUGUGUUCCAGAAAGGCAUGCCAGGUAAGUCUAUUAUCCGUGGUUUUUUACUCUUUUCACUAGAUGUUGUGUUUCAAGUUUGUAGCCUGCUUAGAUAACAAUAAACAAUUGAAUCUGUGUUGCGUGCCGGUAAAAGCUUGCUUCAUCGAUGACUGACCGCAAAUGCGUUAUUUUUGAAAAGGGAUUUUUUUUUCCAGAAGGUUCACACCAAAUGCGUCAUUAUUUUAUUCAGGUACCUAUAGCCAUAUUGGGCUUAGUUUUGUUUGUCUUUCAGUCUUUGUAACUUCGUCAUUAUAUAUAAUUGGUCCAACCCGGACCAAGUUCAGAUUUUUUUUUAUUUAAAACGUUACCUAUAGUUAUAUUUCUGACUUGAUAGUGGUGUAUUUAGAUGUCGAGUGGCGAUCUGUAUGUGUUAAUAACUCUUGUUCUUUGUCUAAUUAUUCUUGAUGCAACAAAUUUAGAACAGAUCAAUAUGCCUAGUCAAAAUUGUUUUUAGCAUGUGAGAAUAGAAGUUAGGGAUGCUAGUUUGUUAUAUAUCAGUCUCUCCUCAGUAGCUUUUGGAUUUGAUCUAGUUUUGAUAUUCCAUUUGAGCGUUCAGUUUUGAGGGAAAAUGAGAGAAUUUUGGUGUUCACUAACUGAUAACCUUCUAUGAACGAGUUGAUGGUUAGGCAUAUUUUGCUCAAGUACUGAUAAAAUUAUGCAAUGCAGCAUUCUCUCUCAACUACUGAUAUAAUUAUAGUUAUCUGCACGACAGUUUUUUCCUGUAGUAUUAUGAAAAUAAAUCCAUCUUGGAUGACAGUAUUUGUCGGAAGAGGGGGUGCGGUCAGAUUACUCCUGUCAACUCUAGUCUGUAAAACUUGCUUACUUCUAUGAUGUCCUUGUUCUAAUGCCCGGUUACGUGGAGGAAAGAUAAGAAGCUCCAAGGUAGUUGGAAUGGUGACAGUUAUAACCCCAGAUAUUUACCUUGUAAAAGGGGACGUUGUGGUUGCCCUUUAAUUGUCUGUGCACUGGGAAUCUGCAUGACUAAAUAUGGCUUUGCUUGUGAAAUGGUUUUGGAGAAUCAUUUUUGAAGUGAGUUCUUUGUGGCAUGUAGUAGUAUUGGGCAGAUACGGUAAUAGAAAUAGGAUGAUUGAUGAGACUAUUAUAUUCUGUUCACUUCCUGUUGAUGUAGUCGUCAUAUUACAGUGUCCAAGAUAGUGAAGGAUACUGUGGAGGGAAGAUGAUAAACUGUAAGGUGAACAGGAAACUGCUGAUUUACUGCCUCAGUAUCUUUGCAUGAGAGUUUGCUUGGGCUUACUGGAGAUGACCUGGUGCAGAGUCUCAAAUUUAGAAGAGAAGGAUUAUUGUCAACUUUGCUGCUGUGUUAAAGGAGAUGUCACUUUUAUGACUAGCACAUGUCAACUGAGUCAUGCUGGAGCAUAUUGCUGUGAUGCUCUUUGCUUGACAAGGCUUGGAAGAGAACAGAACUUACGCGGGAAUUCGUCACAUAUCUGCAUAUUUUAGUGUUAGAACAACACUUUAUGGCUCUGUUUGGUUGGGGUUGGUCUAUAGAGGCCGUUUUUUCCCCUUGAAGAAACAACUGUUUAAUCCAUCAAUCACAUGUAAUUAGACAAUUGACAUUCCCAUAUGGAAAUGUGACAUCCAGAUCGAAGUUCGGACACAACUGGGGGAUGUUAACUUGUAGCAUAUAUCGGACUGCUUGAUUUAGUUGUAGUUUUGUAAUUGUAGUUUUUGCACAUUUGUAAACGUCAGUAAUUCGAUUAACAUCAGGAAUUCAUAUUGUGUUAUAGUUGUAACAUGUAAGUUUUUUUUUU